UUGAGAGUGUGUACAUAAUGUUUUCAUUAUAAAUUGGCCCAUACAAUUUAAUUUAAAAUCAAAAAAUUAUUCGAAACAACAGAGUUGCAAUUCAUACAAUUAUUUUGACGUAACGCAACCUAUUUAAAACAACUGCAACGCUGGAAUUUAAUGAAAAUCAUCGUAUAAAAUGGAUAUGAAUAAUAAUACUGACUAUCUAAGGAACCUUGCUCCUAAAUGGAGCCUGGCAGGAGAUGAGAAACUGCUAGAACUCCUUCAAAGCACACAUCAGAACAUUGUAUCAAAGAGUCAAAACGUUAACCAGAUGCUAAGUGAGAUGUCAGCUGGUCUGAAUGAUGCAAACAUUAGCUUGCAAAAUGUAAAUAACAGAUUCAUGAGUUUAAGUAACAGUCAAUUUAUAGAGAGCAGGGUGUAUGAGGACGAGUCGGACACGGCGCCAGAAGCGGCUGAGAUAAAGGAUCCGCCCAAACCCUCUGUAAUACCUCCAGACAUAGCCAAAUUGAAACAUAGCUUAUCGAUAUUGGAGCGACUUCACGACCCCGUCACGAUACUGUCAGACAGUGACACUGACAGCGACAGCGAUGAUGAAAGAAUACCCACGGUCGUGUUGAAACCUAAGGACGUGUACUCCUGCCGGCCGCUGCCGCACGUCAUCGGCUCGCAGCCGUGGCAGGACAAGUGGCACGCAGGGCUGAUAGUCGAGGACAGUGACAGUGACAGCGACAGCUCCGCGAGGGAGGGCGCGCGCUCUCCGGAGUACUCCGCGUCGGACUCCGGCGGCGCGGACCAACUCCCGGACCGACCCUGCGACGAGGUCCCGGAGCUGCCCGCGGCGCCGGACCCCCCGCCCGCCGAGGUCGCGGCCGGGCUGGCCAGGAGGCUCGCGGGGACCGCGCCCCACGGACCCCAGAUACCGGAACCGGAACCGGACUACGUUCCGCCGCCGGGACCGAUCGUGAAAACCGUGUACAAACCGGAAGUGCCUCAAGUCGGUGCGACGUUCCGCGACUCGCCCCCCCCGCUGGACUCCCCGCCCCGCCUGGACUCGCCCCCCCCGCCGGACUCGGACUCCAGCCACGAGGACAUCUUCGCGGAACUACACAGGGGUGGGCCCGGCGGCCGCAGACCCCGCGCCGCCGCCGACGACCUGUUCGACUUCACGGACCCCGGCGCGGGACCGGUACCGUCGCACUCCGGACCUGGUGCACGUCGCGUGGGGACCCCGGAUACGACGCCCGUGUCCCCGGGGGAGCGGAGCGCACGGCCCGAGGGUGGAGCGCCCGCCGCCGCCGGGACCAGGAAGCCGAUCGGCGGCGUGCCCGUGUUCGGUGUGGACGUAGGAGCCGCCGCCCCGGGGCGCGACCCGCGCGGGGCGCCGCCCCCCGGGGCCGGGCCCGGGGACCGACCAGGAAAUGAGAACGUCGAUCAAACGGAUGCCAGCAGAACACAAACAGAGAUAUUCGACGACUUGUUUAGUAAAAAGAAAGACAAAGUUAAACAAGAAAAAGUUGUCCCCAAAGUUGACCUGUUCGCUGACAGUCUGUUCGAGGACACGGACGACAUAUUCACUAGCGGCGUCCACACGGAACACAAGGAGAAGUCUAUCUUUGAAGACGACGACGAGUUGUUUGCAGAAGUCGCCGCGCCCGCCCCCCGGGGGGCAGCGCCGGGAUCGAGGGGGGGCGGGGGCGCGGCGGCGGGGGGUGGGGGCGCGGUGGCGGGGGGCGGCUUGUUCGACAGCGACGACGAACUGUUCGGCGACGGAGCGACCGACCCCGCCACUAGCGGCGCCGCGGGGGCGGGGGCCGGGGCGGGGCGCGCGGGGGCGUCCACUAACACACUAAAGGGGACAACUAAGAGCAUCUUCGACUCGGACAGCGACAGCGACAUAUUCGCCAGCGUGCACGCGGCGGCCCCCGCACCGCACGCGCCCGCCAUGCGCCCGGCAGACAGCGCCCUCAUUGUAAAUAACGGAACAAACAGCUACCGGAGUCCCUCGCUGUUCGACGAUGACGAUUGUGACGACACCGCUCAGACAUUACACACGAAUGACGUCACAUCUGCGCCAAAUACACUAGAUAAACCAGACGCGGCUCUGUGUACUUCUAGUUCAGAAGUCGAAACAACUGCGAAGCCUAACGCUGCACCAGAAACCGUGGCGGCGGAGUCUAGCAUCAUGACCAACGGUGCACAUAGUACAUUAGGAACCUCCAAUAUUGUUAGUCAAAACAAUUCAAAAUCCAAAGAAGUUAAACAUUUUAAUGCCGACACUACGACGGUGCUCGACCCGCGCCCCCCCGCGGACGCGCAGUCCCCGGGGGGCGGCCUCACUAGACGCGUCGCAAAUGGAACUCUAUGCGCAACCACGGAGAGGUCAGAUCACGACGACGGAUUAACGUUACCUGGUGCGCCCCCCCGUGCAGACAGCACAGUGGACGAUAACAUUCCCAAUGAACCUCCGGCGGCUGUCGGCGGCGCUGCUGGCGAGGCGGCCGUGGCGGCUGCACUCAAUGGCGCUUUCGCUAACAUUCUGACGGAACCGCCGGCUUUUGAAAAGAAAGAGUUUAAAAAUUCGAAUGUCAACGCGCUUUUUGAAGACGAUUCCGAAGAUGAAGGGUUCUUCAGAAGAAGCGACGUCCCGGACGAGGCGCCGCGGGACCUCGCGCCCGGGGACCUGUUCUUGUUUAUGGACGAGCCGCCGGAACUGGACGCCGGGGCGCGCGGGGGGGCGGCACCCCCGACCGGCGCGGGGGGGCGCGGCGCGGCGAGCGGUACCGACGCGAACCUGACGCCUACUGAAGUGAACGAGGAGUACGAAAGUGAACGAACAUCUGGCGGAGCAGUAAAUAUUGAUGAAAUCGAUGAGUUGUUCAAGGCGUCACAUUCUAGAAGUAACCUUAGCACUUCUAAUUAUCUAGAUAUAGAUAUAGACGCCGACAUAUUUGGUCCUAAAGUAGGGACAAGUGCCGGCAGCAUCGCAAGUAAAAACACAACUUCUAAAAUUCUUGAUCCGGAUAUAAUUAAGGAAGACCCUGAUAUAUCACAAAAACCAUCAACAUUACAGUCUGCAGAUGUGACCACGGACGACGCCAGGGAACAAGGUCCGUUCGCUACUAGUGGACGCGCAGACACCGAAUCUAAAGAUGUCAAUGAAAAAGAUAACAAGAAGUCAGUCAACAAGGUGCGAUCCAUGAACCUCCCGAUAGACGUGGCGGCGCUGCUGCCCGGCGCCUCGCCCAAGAAGACAAUUGAGGUCAAACCUCACGGACCCUCGGAGGGCGCCCGCCGGUCCCCCGCGGGCGACGACCCGGAACUUGUCAAAUCGGUUUCUUUCGGCGGCGAACCCAAUGCUGAAGUCCUUGACAGCACCUUGUCCAAGCAGCGCGCCAGGAUACAAGUGAAGAGGCGCCCUUCGUCCCGCAGGGCCAGGAGGGAGGCCGUCAGGACAUCGACUAUAGACAUCAACAAUUCUGAAUGUAGCCCCGACCCGGCUCCCUCCGCCGCCCCACACCGCGCCCCCCGACCCCAGGAUGCAGCAGUAGAAGCGGACCAGCCUGAUGUAACACACGAUUAUAAGUCAGAUUUGGUGAAAGAUCAGAAAAUAACUAAAGUAGUUUACGUUUUGAACGAUGAAGACAUUUUUGAGACGGAGAAUAAGAGAAGCAACGAGUCCGACGACGACUUGUUCAGAGGCAGCGCGCGGGCGGCGGGGAGCGGGGGGGCGAGCCGUCCCCCCAACACCCCGCCCGCACCCCCCGCGCCCCCCGGCGAGACCAGAGCGGCGUGGUUCGACAGCGACGAGGAGUUGUUCGGCGACACCGCCACGGACCGCGGGUUCGGCAAAACUAAACCACACAGAGUGGACGUGAUGACGUCAUUGUUCGACGGAGAGGACGACGAUGAGCUGUUCGGCGGCGCGCCCCGCGACCCCGCACCCCGCAGCGAGCACUCCGGCGAAUAUAAACCAGUAAUAAUUAAAUCGUCUAAGGAGACCUCGCGGAGCACGCAGCCGGCGUACGAGGACCCCCUGUCCCUGUUGGGGGACGACGACUGAGGGAACCAGACCCCCCCACCCGGUACUAUAAGGACGUCGAACUAUAAGGUGACCGUCUCCAUACAAGGGACGGUCACCGUCGGUGCCCGCGGGACGAGACGGCGCGUCCACCGUCGCUACACCGUCGCCUUAAUUAUAUACGAGUUUAUUGUUGAAAUUAUUAUUAUGUAGUCUAUAACUGUACUUGUUAAAAAAAACAAUAUUUUCCGAGAUUAUUUUAUAGGUAGAUAUUAAUUUCAUUUUAACGAAUUUAUAUUUAUGAAAACAAAUUAAAUACUGUUGAACUGUGAUGUAAUGCGUUUAAUUGUAA